CUGUGCUUUUGUAUUGACUAUGGCACUAUACAUAUAAUUGUAAACACUUUAUAGCAUUUUGAGUGCGAAAGUCUAGUAAAAUAAGUAGAUUAUUUGUUUUAAUUUUAAUAUUUAUGUCUGAUCUAAGUUAAACUAGUAUUACAUCAUGGAUAUAACACCAAGUGAAUCGUCAAAUCGUGAUUCUUUGUUGUGCUGUCGCGCCUGCCUGUCUACCGAACGCAGAUUAUUCAAUAUCCAUGAAUGCAAGCUUACUGAUGCCUUUUCUCACAUUUCGGGGACUCCUGUAUACCAGGACUAUCUCCCGCAGUUCCUCUGCACGUUCUGCCGCGCCUUGCUGAUCAAAUGUGUUACCUUCAGAGAGAUGUGUCUCCGCACACAGCAGACCCUCUUGCCAGAGCUGUACAGGGGAGGGUUGAAUGCAGAAUAUAUCCGCAGUAUACCCUCCUAUAGCAUCUACAACCUAACUAUAACUCAAUUAGAAACUCAACAAUACCUAGACACUGUUCUACCUGACGUAGAAAUAAAAGUCGAGCCAAACAUAGACAUAGUAGACAUAGAUAGUAUUAUAAAGAACGAUCUGAAAAUAGAAGAAAAAGUAGAAGAAAUUAAUGAAGACAAAGAAAAAGAUAUAGUUUUCGUAAAAGAUGUAGAAAUCAUUAAAAAGAAAAAGAGGAAAAAAUCUACAGGUAAGAAAAAGAAUGAAUCUCAAGAUGAAGAUGACUAUGAUGACAUAAAUGACAGAGAUGAUGACAGUAUUGUCAGUUUAGAAGAUAAAAAGAAUAUAGAAAUUGAAGAUAUCGAUGAUAUAGUGUAUGAUGAUAAUGUUAAUAGAAAAAAUGGUAAAUCUAAAGAGAAGAAAAAAGAAAGGAAAGGAAAGAAGGCUAUUGCAGUUAAAAAUAAUAAAAAAUUGAAAGUUGUACGCAAAUCCAAAGAGGUUACAAAGAAGACAGGAGCGAAAUAUCCCAGAGACCCGACAAAUGAUAUGCCACUGUUUGAUUUUGAUAAGUUCGAGAAAACGCAUGCAGUACAAAUUGUUACUUUGAGUAAGGAGGAGCAGCUGGAAGAGAUCACCUCGCGCAAGAAGUCCCGCAAUUACCUGGAGUCCCGGUUUCGGUGCGACGACUGCGGGAAAGGCUUCGACGCGGAGGCCGCCUACACCAACCACCUAGUGCGGCAUAGUCCAAGCAUGGGCCAGCAUCCCUGUGAGAUCUGUUCCGUUCGCUUCAAGCUGAAGUGCCGACGCCAGCAGCAUCAGGACCUUCACCGGCUCAAGUUCCUCUGCAAGGAAUGCAGCUUCGUUUCUAGAACAAGGAGCCAAGCAAAAAGACAUCACGCCAUGCACGCAGGCAAAACCUACGAGUGCCAACACUGCGGGAAGACGUUCAAGAUGAGUUCAACGUACCUGACGCACGUGCGGCGCGCGCACGCCGCGCUCAACGUGGCGUGCGACGUGUGCGGAGAGACAUUCGUAGGGGACAAAGGGCUCAAGCUACACAAGAAACGAACGCACUCCGAGGUACGUAUACAGGGUUCACAGGAGUCACCUGACGCACGUGCGGCGCGCGCACGCCGCUCUCAACGUGGCGUGUGACGUGUGCGGGGAGACAUUCGUAGGGGACAAAGGGCUCAAGCUACACAAGAAACGAACGCACUCCGAGGUACGUAUACAGGGUUCACAGGAGUCACCUGACGCACGUGCGGCGCGCGCACGCCGCUCUCAACGUGGCGUGUGACGUGUACGGGGAGACAUUCGUAG